ACGCGGACCCGAGCCAAACACACGGAGCUCAUCACCCCUUCGUCUCUCCUCUCCUUUAAAGGCGCCCCCGCCACCCUCUCGAGUCUCGCCUGUCGCCUCCUCCUCUCCCCUGCUCCUCGCGCCGUCUCCUCGGCGUCUCCCCCUUGCAUCCCAUCCCAUCUGGCGCACGUUGCGACUCGCGGUUCCCGCCGGUGCAUUUCCGGCCGUGAGUUUCCAUCCCCAAUCCGCGCGCGCGCGCCACCGUCUCUUUCGCCAAUUCUGUUUGCGUUAUCGCAUCUUGUUGGAUCGUAUAGGGCAACCACACAGCGAGAUCAAACCCCGAUUCCUGGCGUCCCAACUCGGCGGUGCUGCGACGUGUUGGCUUGCAUACCUCGCCUCUGACAAGUGUUGGUUGUGGCGGUCUUUGCUGUCGUGGAUAGGCAGCGGCUCCGCUGUUUCUCUUGAUUCGGGCGCCGACGCGCCAUGGAGGCCAAGCAGAGGGCGAGGCAAGGCGAGGAGAGGAGGCCACCGCCGCCGACGGACGGCGCCGAGGAGUACGACCCAUGGACGGCGUGGCUCUACAAGCCACACACCGUCUCGGUGCUCCUCGUCGGUGCCUGCCUUCUCAUCUGGGCAAGUGGAGCACUUGAUCCAGAAGGCGCUGCAUCUUACAGCAGCGUGACAUCUAUGAAGAGGGGUGUCUGGGCUAUGAUUGCAGUCUUCCUUGCCUACUGCACGCUUCAAGCACCUUCAACGAUACUUAUUAGGCCCCAUCCUGCUGUCUGGCGCCUGGUGCAUGGACUGGCUGUCGUUUACCUCGUUGCUCUUACCUUUCUUCUUUUCCAGAAUCGUGACGAUGCUCGCCAGUUCAUGAAACACCUUCACCCUGUUCUUGGAGUUGAGUUGCCGGAGAGAUCUUAUGGAGCUGACUGCCGUUUGUAUGUUCCAGAAAACCCUAAAAACAAGUUCAUAAAUAUUUAUGAUACCUUAUUUGAUGAAUUCGUUAUUGCACAUAUCCUGGGGUGGUGGGGCAAAGCUGUAAUGAUACGAAAUCAACUUCUUCUUUGGGUCUUGUCAGUUGGCUUUGAGCUAAUGGAGCUUACUUUCAGACAUAUGCUGCCAAACUUUAAUGAGUGUUGGUGGGAUAGUAUUAUCUUGGAUAUCUUGAUCUGCAAUUGGUUUGGUAUUUGGGCGGGAAUGCACACAGUCCGUUACUUUGAUGGCAAAACGUAUGAAUGGGUUGGACUGAGCCGCCAGCCAAGCAUCAUGGGUAAGGUGAAAAGAUCACUGAGCCAGUUCACCCCUGCACAGUGGGACAAGGACCAGUGGCAUCCUUUCAUGGGGCCAUUGAGGUUCAUCCAAGUGCUGUUCCUCUGCGUCGUCUUCAUGGCCGUGGAGCUUAACACAUUCUUUCUCAAAUUCAGCCUAUGGAUCCCUCCGCGGAAUCCCUUGGUCGUGUACAGAUUGAUCCUCUGGUGGUUGAUUGCAAUUCCAACCAUCCGCGAAUACAACUCCUACUUGCAAGACAGCAAACCGGUGAAGAAGGUUGGGGCCUUUUGUUGGCUUUCUCUUGCUAUAUGCAUAAUGGAGCUGCUUAUCUGCAUGAAGUUUGGGCGUGGGCUGUUUCAUGACCCAAUGCCUCCCUGGUUGAUCAUCUUUUGGAGCUCGGUGGGGAUAGCACUUGUGAUUUUCUUGCUUGCAUGGUCUUGGAGGAGUCAUCAAAAAUUCCGGAGAAAGCAGCUCUAAUAGAUUGACUGCAAAAACUCGCUGUUUCUUUUUUUUAUAUAUACAUAGGUGCUGUACAUAUGUGAUGUUUCUUAAGUAUUAGAAAUCCCAUUUUUCUGCUCCUACCGCAGGAACUUGGUUUGUCACAAUAGCUCAUUGUUUGAGGACGAUGCUCCAUUGCUGUCAUAUCACAAGAACAAGCAAUCGUUAACUGGGAAGAGAGGAAUUGGAUUGGGAAAUCAGAUAGAGGAAAGGGGUUCUGGGUUUAUCCCACAACAUCAUUCAUGUUCAUCUCCUCUCUCUCAGAUAGUUAUAUCCUCACUGCACUCAGCUGGCCAACAACCCACUCGUCUGGCCGGUAAUUCUUGCUGGGCCGCCUGACACGCAGCCCACACCGCAGCUUGGCUUCAGUCUGGUCCGCCGCUGCCUUCUGCUUCUCUUCUGUCGACCGUCUACAGUGACAUGUCAGCAUGAAAUUUAUGAAUAAUUUAGGUAACUGCAGCAUCAAAGCCUGAUGUAACUAGUCAAUAAAGCAAGAUCACUACAUGUUUUGGUUCCUCACUUCUUCUGGAACAAAAAUGUACAGUUCUUACCUAUCUUGGACAAUGUAUCAGACAGCAAUUCGGUUGAA